AUGUCCUUCGCAUACGACGAACUAAAGGGCUUCUUCCCGCCCACUGCAGAAGCACAGAUCAGGGACGAUUUCAAGUCUCGCUGUGUCCUCUGCACAACCAGCCUCAGCCCCGACCAGGGAAUCUGCGUGCCGAUUCUGAGGGACGUUCAGGCGUGGAAUAUCUGUGAAAGGGCACUCUAUACGGACUCGUGUGAGGUCCGAGGGCCGCUGAACGGGCUGUUAUCAUGCGACGACUGCUGCAAGUUCCUCGCGGACUCCGAGGACGGUGAUGCUGAGCGGCUGGCUAUACUCAUACCAUGUCUCCCGCUCCUAGUCUACGUCAACCGCGUGCUCAACGGUCUGCGCGACAAGCCCAUGGAGGGCCGCCUGCAGACGUUCGACCAGAUUCUUGAAGAUCUCGAGAAGGACCCGGGAUCAACGACGGAGCGGCGCGCGGCGUCGCCGUUUCUGCAUUGUUUCCAGAUCCAGCCUCUCGACAAUCUGACGCCGCGCUACCCACAAGAAACUUCUCGGAUUCUGCUACGCGACGCUCCUCCCAGCUGCAUCAUCAACGGCAAGUCCUACCGCAUCAUAGACACUGCCACCGUCGACCCCUCCGACGAUGCGCGUCUUCAAGCCAGAACACAAGAGAUAUCCAUCUCCGACUCCGCUCCCGUCGACGGCGAUACUGAGGUCAACCUCUGGCGCAUCCCGCGACGCUCUGCCGGCCUGUUCAUGGGCGUUGCGGAACAAGUAUCCCCACUUCCCUCCGGCGAUUCCGAACUGUACAAGUAUCUCAAGUCGGUACAAGCUCUGAGCUGGUACCGACGGAGUCUGCGCACGGAGGAGAUCCCCCGUCAUGCGUCUGUUCGGGCGCAGUUUGAGAGGUUAGAGCUGGAGAUUGAGAGUGGCGGGGUCGACGUUCUGUCCUAA